GCCAGAAGCGUUAGCUCCUGGUGUAAACAGUUAGCCUCAGUUGUUAGCCGUGAGUUUGUAUCAGCACGGGGGUAAUCACGAGUGAAUGGAUGAUGAGCGGYGGGUUUGACACAAUGGCCUCCUCUCUCCCUCUCUCCUCCCUGCGCCUCCUCAUCCCUCCCCUCCGCCUCCUGGCGGCAGCGAUGUGGCAGGUGGCCCAGCAGCAAAGCAUGAAGCAUUAUGUGAUGCUGGAGGACUUUGUUUCCCUGGUAACUGAGGCCGUCCCACAGCUGUUGACGGACAGACAGAGGGGUCUGCUGCUGUUGGCUCUGAGGGCCAAGGUGACCCUCUGUGAUCCAGCUGAUGUUCAGACUCACCAGAACAGGAUCCGACUCAUCUCUGAGACAUCGCAGGAAGAAGAUGUAGACAGAUGCUGCUCCACUCUGCUGACUGUCAUCAASAAACUGACAGAGACUCCCGCCGACACUCAGCGCCUCCUGCAGGAAGUGUUUGACCAGAGUUUUGACUCGGCCCUGCAGUCCCUCAUAUCAGACUUCCUGUCUCGGAUCGAGCAGCUGUUCCCCGUCCCUGACUUCAGACAGGCUGCCUCUUGGUUGGACGACGCCCCUCUUUAUGUGGAAGACUUCCUUCAAGACAGGAAACACCUCAGAGAGCUUCUGACCAAUCAGAGCUGCCGCCUGGGACACCCAACAACCACAGUGAGUGAAGACACGGAAACAACGCUGCUCGUCGCCUGGUCCCACCCCUUCUUUACCAGACCAACCAAUCCCGACCCCUCUGCCACCCACAGAGCUGUCCAAUCAGGCGCUCUCCCUGAUGAAGGCGGUUCGAACGUGGAGCAGGUGAAGGUGGAGGUGGUGGUGACCACAGAGGAGGAGGAGGAGGAGGAGGAAGCUGUGGUUGGUCUGACAGAGCCGGAGGCGUCCAGUCAAAGCUCAGACACACCUGAGGCCCCGGACAGGUUAAAGGACUCAUCUGGAAACUGUGUCAGCCAAUCAGAGGGCUCAGCCAAGGUCCCAGCCGGCACYGUGUUCAGCAUUUCCCACAGUUCUCAGCGUGUGGCUCACAGGUGUCCUCAGUGUGGCAAGUGUUUCAUCUACAGAUCUCAGGUAAUUCGCCACCUGCGCACAAACCGGUCCUGUGGAUUGGCCUCAACACCCAGUACUGUGAACCUGAAGGUUCAGGCUGAAGGAGAGCCCCACCCCCCGGACCCCUGCCCUGUCAAGACCCACACAUGCUUCCAGUGUAGCACGGUGUUUAAGAGUGAGGGCGAGCUGUUGUCGCACCAGCGUUCACACCGAGCCCGCCCCGUUUAUCAGUGCGUUCAGUGCGACCGGGCUUUCCAGCACUUGUCCAGCCUGACCAAUCACAGGCAGACGCACCUGGACAGAGAGGGCUUCGCCUGCAGCCGGUGUAACAAGACGUUUGAGUCGGCUAAAGAGAGGGACGCCCACCGUCUGCAGCACCGUCCGCCGGGCCUCAGCUGCUUCGUCUGCUCCGUGUGCUCGCAGACAUUCGGCUCGCAGACGCUGCUGCUGAGACACCUGCCGACACACUCGGCCGAGGGAGCCGAGCUCCGCUACAGCUGCCGCUUCUGUGAGCAGACCUUCUCAGGAGUGACUCAGCUCCGGAUCCACCAACGCACUCACACCUCUCGCUCAUACCGCUGCGAUCAGUGCAACAAGUCGUACAGCUCGUCAACGGGGCUGCAGUCCCACCAAGCUUCACACGGCAGCGACAGUCGCUUCCUGUGCCCACAGUGCGGCAAGCGCUUCAAGACUCGCGACGGCCUGGAGGGCCACCAGAGAACCCACACUGGAGAGCGGCCCUUCCGCUGCCCCCACUGUCCUAAAGACUUCACCGCGCUGGCGGGCCUCAACGUGCACGUACGGCAGCACACCGGGGAGAGGCCCUACGUUUGCACAGUGUGCGGGAAGGGCUGGCCGUCCGGAGGAGACCUGCAGAAACACAUGAGGACUCACACCGGGGAGAGACCGUAUAUCUGCCAGGACUGCGGGAAGGCCUUCUCCAUCUCCUGUCACCUGACUGAACACCGCCGCAUCCACACAGGAGAAAAGCCUUACUGCUGCCCAGAAUGUGGAAAAUGUUUACGGAGGAAGUUUGACCUGAAGAAGCACAUUUUGUCCCACAGUAAUGUUCGUCCCUUUGCCUGCGUCCUCUGUUCCAAAAGCUACACUCGUCAGACACACCUGAACCGACACCAGCUGACCCACAGAGCUGCUGACGGACAGGUGGAGACAACAGAGGAGACAUGACCUUCUGUUAGACUCACCUGAACAUACACCAGCUGACCCACAGAGCUGCUAACCGACAGGUCGUACAGGUGUAGAGAAUCACCUUUUGUCAUUUACAGCAUUUAUUUCUGAAAAUUUAUCUGAUAUUUUUCCAGAAAGAAAAAACGAUUAAACCACAGGUGAGUUUAUUUUGGACAAACUUUAUUAGCAUCAUUUAUUCAUCUACCGGUAAAGCAGGAAGUAACUGGGAUUUAAUCGGAGUUUGU